GGCCGGCCCGGGACGGCGCUAAAUUGGCCGAAGGGGCCCCCUCGGCGGCGAAGUUGCUAGCUGGGGGCAGGGACGGCCACGCGGUUGCAGGAGUAAGCGAUCCCCCUGUGGCGAAUUGGCCAACGGCUCCUUUCAACCCUGCCUCGUUGGUGGCCACUGGAGAAGCGCGGGGGGCUCCCCAGGCAGCCGUGGGGACAAGUUAGAGCCAGCACUUGACCCCGGGCCCCGCGUGUAGCUUCCCUCCUCCCUGCCCUAGGUGCCCCGGUGUCCAGAGGGGGGCGGCGCGGGUGCGGGGGUGUGCCCUCCUUACAUGUCCCAGCACCCGGGCAACCCUUGGGGCUUGUGUUCCAUCUCGCUCUCGCUUCCGGCACGGUGGUCGAGGGGAACCACUUGGCAUCAUGUCCCGGUAUAGCUACCAAAGUCUCCUGGACUGGCUCUAUGGGGGCGUGGACCCCAGCUUUGCAGGCAAUGGGGGCCCCGACUGUGCUGCCUUCCUCUCUUGGCAGCAGCGGCUGCUGGAAAGUGUGGUGGUCCUGACCCUGGCCCUGUUGGAGAUCCUGGUGGCCCUGCGGCACAUCCUGAGGCAGACGAAGGAGGACGGUAGGGGUGGCCGUGGCAGCCAGCCAGAUAAGGUGACCCAGCGGCCAGAGGAAGGCAAGGAGAGCCUGAGCAAGAAUCUGCUCUUAGUAGCCCUGUGCCUGACCUUCGGGGUGGAGGUGGGCUUUAAGUUCGCCACCAAGACCGUCAUCUACCUGCUCAACCCUUGUCACCUGGUCACCAUGAUGCAUGAAAAAAUAAAGUCUGUGGGAGACAAGUGCUCACAAGGACCAAGCAACAGGAAUGAUGACAAUGACUACACCUUUUAUUAGAUUUUCGAAGGGAAUCAGACUACAUGAAGCUGGAAGUCAUACAGAGAGACAAAUUACAUUUGGUCACAUUUGGGUGGGAAUGGAACUUGCAGCUCCAGCUCUGGAGCCUACAUGGUUCUGUGAAAUCUCAUUUUCAGGCUCUGUUAGGGCAACCCCUGAUUCUGAUUAUAUUUCUUAACUGAGCGCUCUGAGCUGGUCCUCCGCUAGAGCCUCCUUCCCUCCCAGAGCAUUUCAAAGAUGGGGGAGCAGGUGAGCCAGUUAGGAUCCCCUGUUUCUGGCUGUCCUUUCAUUUACAUGCAACUAUACUGCUUUUUUCCCCCCUUCAUUUUUGAAAACAAGCUUGUGUUUAUUUGAAAUACGGAAGUAACACAUGAUCAUAAAUAUAAAAACUUUAAAAAAAUACAGGAAUGUAUUUUAAAAAGUGAAAGCUUCUGGGACUUCAUCUUCCCACUCUGGUUCUCUUCCUUCUUAAAGACCUUGGCUCAUGUCAAAGAAUCUCCCCUCCCUACCUCCUGAUUCUUCAAAUUUGCUUUUCUCCCAAGAGCUUAGUGCAAAAGAAAUUCCAGCCUAAUGGUUGGGGAAGGAUUUGGGGGCUGGAGAGCAGAACGCUGGAUUCCACAGAAUCUGGCUGCAUGAAAUAAAGGUCAAGGCUGGAAGGAACCAGAUUUGGAAACACCAGUGGCUUCACCAUUAAAAUGGAGAAAUUUUUGUAAGGCCUGGAAUAAGAUCCAGCUCUGUUUAUAUGUGUUGGGGGGAAGGGUAUUGAAGAGAGGCAAUGCAAAUCAGAUCAUUUUUUUGUGACUUUGCUCUGUAAACUCUAACGUGCUCUACGAAUCUGACAUUAGCAUUAAUAUUGGUACUGGCCCUGGGGUGUGGGCUUGGGUGUUCGUCGGAACAGCUAAGAAAUAUCUCUCAAUGGACCUUUGCACAGGAACUGACAAAAUGGUAUCCACUGGCAGUUCCAAAAGCUACUUGAAUUGGCCUCAUUAUCUUAAAAUGUACCACAACAAUGGGGUAGAAAAGCAGAACUCAAGCUUCCAGAAGAAAGACCCAGAACAAGUGUAGCUACCUGCUGAUGUGCACAGUGAAAUUAACCCACCUGAUGUCAGGAAUUGAAGAAACGUAUAAGCAUCUCCUAGUUCAAUAAAGUGGGUGACAGACAACACUCUCUAAACUGUAAAGCUGGGUAAUAAUGCAAAGAACUGUUGUCAUCAUGACUAGUGAGAUUGGCUGUCACCCAGCGACUUAACUGUAAUAUGCUUCCAGGCAGUUCUAUGAGCUCCUUUCCCGUCCAGGUGCGAGAAAAUGCCACUGAAAAGCAGUCUCCUGAUAACUGUAAAACCAGGCAGCUAAAUUUAAUAAGACAUUUGUCAAGAAGAGAGAAGAUAAUGACCAAUUUUUGGUAGAUAGAUAGUUGCCUGCUGAAACAAAGCCUGUAUUGAACUAUUUUGGAGUGGGAAGAAGCAUUGCUAUGACAACAAAUUACUUAUAUUUGAUUUAGAAGAAGGAGUGUAGUGCAGCUUAAUGUUUCAAAAAGCUCAUGAGAACAAUUGUUGGCAGUGGGUAUAUGUUAAAAUAUAAAAUGUUAAGUAUGAUCUGUUAAAUAAUUGAGUGCCUUGGUGCGUUUCUCAUAUCUCCUCUCUCCUGAUCCAAUAACAUAACACAACAUAAAUAGAUUUUAGGAAAAACAGCGGAUUUACAGGUGAAUUGUUCUGUUUUCGAGGGUGCCGCAAAUGAAAUUCACAGCUUUAAUUUGCGGCAGUCCCCAAAAUAUCAUGUAUUUCAAAUUAGAAAUAAAGCAACAAAGAACACCACAUCCCGAGACCUAUUUCCUUUGGCUUUAUUCCAUCCAGACCUGAAAUUACGGUAGUUUGGAGUUCUUCCUUCUGUAGGUAAUUAAUCAUCUUGGUGACUGGGGGUGUGUUUAUUUGAAAGGAAACUACUCUUAAGACCAUUUCCACACUUCCACCAUGGAACAAGGAAACAGUUUGUAUGGAAUGGUUAUUUGCAGCGCAUCUGGGGCAGGUGGUCAAAGGCAUAGAGAACCCACAGAAAGCCUGUGAGUGUAGAGACUUCCUGUUAGCUCCUAUUCCUUGGAGGCAGGUUAUAGGGUCUUGACCAGGUUCUAAGGCUGGGUAAAUCCCAGGGGCUCCUUGAGGGCUUUUGAGAUGGGAAGCUUCAGAUGCUUCAUUUUCUUUCCUUUUUGGGUCUUUUUCCAUCCUUCCUUUCCCUUUACCCAUUAUCAGUCUCUCUUCCUGUGUCCUUCUAGAGUAGGAAAGAAAAGUAGGAGAAGGGAAAAAGCUCGGAAUAUAGAGGACUGACUUCAAGAAGACAGGAGUACCACCCUAAACUUUCAAAUGGUCUCUCCAGGCAGAAGUCACAAAUUUGCAUAUGGCCUCCCCCUCUCUUUGGAAGGAACAAUUUGGUCAUUAGGAUGGGGAGGAGGCCAUUACAUAGGGGUUAGUAAGAGGAGGAAGUUUGAAAACAAUAACAAGCCAAAUCUUAAGUUAACCUUCCCCUUUAAAUGGGGAGUAGCCCAGAAUCACAGCUGUUGAUGAAUCACAGACUCUGCCUGGCAUGCUGUUUAAAUUCCAUCCCUUUAAAAGAUUUGAUAUUUUGUGUUUUAUUAGUGGGCAUCAUGUCAGAUCGUGUUCCACCCUCCUCAGAAACUUCUAGUGCUCCCAGUUACAAGAUGAAUCUGUGAUGUUGUUUGCCUGCUCCUUGUGGCCCUCCACGGUGCGGAAAUAGGCCUUUUAGAAAAAAGAUUGCAAAUGUAACACAUACUCGUGGAAAAUUUGGAAAGUAGAAGAGUUGGCAACUUUUUUUCUGUAAAGGGCCAGAUAGUCGAUAUUUUUGUGGCUGUUACAGCUACUCAACUCUGCCUUUGUAACCCAGAAUCAGCCAUGGAUAAUGGCAUUAUGGAAAUGAAUGUGCGUGUUUGUGUUCCAAUAAAACUUUAUAGACAAAUCAGUCAGGCUUGGUUUGUGGGACAUAGUUUGCUGAAUCCUGGUAUAGGGAAUAAAAAUCACUUGUAAUCAUGCUACCAAAAUGUAAACAUUUUUGCUUAUUUUUCUCCUUUUACUCACAUUGUUUUGCAUGGUUGUUGACUAUGUAUUCUACACUACCAAUUUUGUGCCCAGAUUUUUUUCACUUAAUAUUCCUGUAACAUUUUCCUUGUCAUUUAAAACUUGUCAGAAGCAUAAUCCUUUUUUUUUUUUAAAGGAUUUUAUUUAUUUAUUUGAGAGAGAGAGAAUGUGUGUGUAUGAGCAGGAGGAGGGGCAGAAGGACAAGGGAUUCCCUUCUGAGCGAGGAGCCUGACUCAGGGCUCUAUCCCAGGACCCCAAUAUCAUGACCUGAGCCAAAGUCAGAUGCCCAACAGACUGAGCCACCCAAGCAUCCCAAAGU